AUGGCUUCGUCUGAUGGUACAGUGACCUCUACCAAUAUUUCGCCAUUCCCGUUCAGCGUGGCCCAGUCAAGACGGACAACAUGCGACAUGUGUCGUGAACGCAAAGUGCGCUGCGAUCGAGGGAAACCAGAAUGUGGACGGUGCAAGAAAACCCUUAAAGGGGGCCAGAAAUGCACAUAUCCAUCUACAGGUGGAGAGGCCGCCAAGUUUAACUCCGCACUGCGGAGCCUCCACGCACGUCUAGCGCAAGCGGAGUCAAUGCUUCAGGAACGAGGAGUUUUGUUUUCAAAAGACACUGAAUUAGGGUCCUUAUCGGAGUUUUCAAACCUCUCUCGUGGGCUAUCAAACGAUAUCGAUCUAGGGGAUGUUCCUUUGGACUUUGGAUCAUGGGAGGAUGCUACUACUGAUUUUGACUCCAUGGACGGAUUUUUUGAUGGCCCAUCGCUGCCGGAGCUGAAGACAGAUUCGCCAUCUACUAGGAUGACUGCGCCAUACUGCCCAAGCCCUGAGAUAUUAUUGAACGUUGGCCAGAUAUCUGAAGAGACGAUGCAAAGCCUCUUCCAAGCAUAUUAUGAUCUCGUGCAAAAGCAUUUGCAAUUGAUUGGCCAAAUGGAACCUUUACAGUCCACAUUGAGCGUAAACACUCACCAAGGUCAGGCGCUGCGGUAUGCGGUGGGCAUGGCUGGAGCCAAUACUUGUGAAAACUCACAACAUCUUCAACAGCAGUGCUAUGUUGCUGCGAGGUUCCAUCUUGAAAUGGCCGAAACGCAAACAGACAGCUCUUCAUUGUUGAGCCUGGAGACCGUGCAAGCUUUAAUACUCGUGGCUCGAUUUGAAUUUACGCAUGCCAGGGAGGCAACGGCACUGAUAACCACUGCGCGACUAUCGCGCCUGUUAAGUUUACUAGGAUAUGAUAAACUGGGUGGUUACGAUGCCCGAACAGACAAGGACGGAGUUCUCAGCCCUGUCAGACUCGAGGAGAUGAAGCGUACAUUUUGGAUCGCAUUCCUGAUAAAGUGUCACGCAUCUACCCGAUGCCCUGGCUGGGAACCAAUUGCGAUAGAUGAGAAGGCAUCUUUCCUUGGUCCAAUCAUUGGCGAAAGUGAAAAGAUAGGUAUCUCAGCCGCCAACUCUAUGUGUGAUGUACUUCUACAAGCUGAUGUACUAAGUGCAAGCCAGGCCCCGAUAUACAAAGAAAUGAGCCUAUUCAUUAUGCCGCCUCUCGCAUUAGCUGCUAAUAUCCAACUCCGCGUGUUAGAAAACUGGAAAAAAAGCACUGGACUGAAUAAUCACAACACUAGCCGCGAGAUCCGACUUUCUCUUAAAACGAUCUAUAGCGCUAUGAAUGCCUUUAAGGACUCGACGAGCCAGUACGAGCCACAUAUCACUAAAUGUCGGGAAUUUUUGGAUAGUAUACAGUUUGGGGAACCGUUUACCCCAGAGUUCGUAUGUCUUGAGUCGACGUCUUAUUACGGCUUGAUGCCAAGUCAGAUGAAUAUUCGACCAGGAGGAAAGACCCCCAUAAACCUGGCAUACAGCCAGCAGCGCCCUGAAAAUUAUACUUCAGUGAUGGUUGGCCUUAACCAUCCAUUAUCUCGCGGUAGUGUCCACAUUGGAAGUAGUGGCCCAAUGGCUAGCCCUACGAUCGAUCCUGGUUACUUGUCUCAUCCACUAGAUAUGGAGAUUCUCGUCCCUGGGACACAGUUCAUUGAGAACAUCAUCAACCAGCAGGAGAUAAAACGACUUUUGAAAGGCGGCCGCCUUCCUUCGCUUGCUUGCAAUCUUGCGGACAUAGAAAUCGCGAAACAGGUUACAAAAGAGAGGCUGUGGACAACUUAUCAUCCCUCUUGUACCUGCGCGAUGAUGCCUAAAGAUUUGGGAGGGGUGGUGAACGAUCGUCUAGUCGUUCAUGGCAAUAUUCAGGCAACUGUAUAUGCCGUGGCAGAGCGUGCAAGCGACUUGAUCAAGGAGGACUGGGCCCGCUGUAGCAGUUAA